ACUCUUGGUGUCAACGAGUAUGCUGACAUGACCGGUGAUGAGUUCAAACAAUUCUUCCUCGGGUACAAGAUGCCCAAAGGUCCCAGGAACAGUACUGCCACCUAUAUGUGCCCAAACAAUGUCAACAUUCCUGACACAUGGGACUGGAGAACAAAGGGAUAUGUCACGCCUGUCAAGAAUCAGCUUCAAUGCGGAUCUUGCUGGGCUUUCUCAACCACUGGCUCUCUUGAGGGACAACAUUUUAAGAAAACAGGCAAACUUGUCUCACUCUCAGAACAGAACUUGGUCGACUGCUCUACAAAAGAAGGUAACCAUGGCUGCCAAGGAGGCCUCAUGGACUAUGGCUUCACAUACAUUAAACAAAACGGAGGCAUUGAUACUGAGGCCAGCUACCCUUAUAAAGCAGUGGAUGGUAAAUGUGCCUUCAAUGCUGCCAAUGUUGGAGCUACCGACACAGGAUUUGUUGAUGUUAAGUCAGGAGAUGAGGGAGAUCUUUUGAAUGCAGUCGCAACUGUUGGACCAAUCGCUGUAGCUAUUGAUGCAAGUCACUCCAGCUUCCAGCUAUACAAAUCUGGGGUGUAUCACAACUUCUUCUGUAGCUCCAAAAGGUUGGACCAUGGAGUUUUGGCAGUUGGCUAUGGCAGCGAGAGUGGCAUCUUUGAAAAACACGACUACUGGCUUGUGAAGAACAGCUGGGGAAGUUCAUGGGGAAUGGAUGGCUACAUCAAGAUGUCCCGUAACAGAAAUAACAACUGUGGCAUAGCAACACAAGCCAGCUACCCCCUUGUAUAACUGCGCCCCACCAGAGCCUUAACCAGGAUUUUAAACUACAGAGGCUGCAUAAUUAGAAUUAAAGUCAGAGAGACUAUUCUAUCAAUGGAGUAUUUCGAUAUGAUUGAUUUUAUCCCUUUUGACAACAUAAGCAGGACAUUCAUAGAAUACGUGGUAUUAUGAGAUUGAUAUUAUAUUCGAACUUCUUUCUUUUCAAUUUGUUUGUACAUCUUGUUAUCAUGUCUCGUUUUAGUUUACAAAUAGAUAUUAGUGAAUU